AUGCACGUAGUUUUAUUCAAAGGCAUCUAUUCAAUAAAUUAUUUCUCUUUUCUACAUUCACUUCUGCUAUCUAUCUAUCUAUCUAUCUAUCUAUCUAUCUAUCUAUCCCAGUCUGUUCCUAUCUAUCUAUCUAUCUAUCUAUCUAACUAUCUAUCUAUCUAUCUAUCCCAGUCUGUUCCUAUCUAUCUAUCUAUCUAUCUAUCUAUCUAUCUAUCUAUCUAUCCCAUCUAUUAUCUAUCUAUCUAUCUGUUCCUAUCUAUCUAUCUAUCUAUCUAUCUAUCUAUCUAUCUAUCCCAGUUUGUUCCUAUCUAUCUAUCUAUCUAUCUAUCUAUCUAUCUAUCUAUCUAUCCCAGUCUGUUCCUAUCCCAUCUAUCUAUCUAUCUAUCUAUCUAUCUAUCUAUCUAUCUAUCUAUCUAUAUAUAUAUAUGUAUCGAUUUAAUUUUCUUCAUAUCUAUCUAUUGCAGUAUGUUUAUUUAUUUAUCAAAGUAUGUUCAUAUAUCUAUGUAUCUGUCUGUCAGUCUAUCUAUCUCACCCGUUCAUAUCUAUUUUUCAACAAUAAAUAUCUAUCUAUCUAUCUAUCUAUCUAUCUAUCUAUCUAUCGCGGUCUCUUCAUUAUGUAUCUAUCUAUCUAUCUCAAUCUGUUCAUGUCUUUCUUUAUCUAUUUAUGUAUAUCCAUGUCUAUUUCGUUCAAUCUGUCUAUCUAUCUUUUAA